UCGCGGCACAAUCUGGCUUCUCUCUUCUUUUUGCAGAAUAUGUAAUUGGAAUACUUGCGUGACAAGAAAAGAGGGCAAACACAUAUAGGUGGCAUUUUUUUUUUUAAUUUCUACUGGCUCCAUUUCAGCAGUCGGUAUGACCUCUCAUGAAGUGCCAAAUCUAAAAAUUGUCUAAACAUAAAUCUACUCUUGGGAGCUGACAGGAUUCUUCAAUUCAGGGAGGAUUCCACUUUACCUCUUUUUAGAAUUUUUUUUUUCCCUGUGUGAGUGUGUGUUGUUUUAGUGAGAGGCUCCCUUCCCACACCUCAGUCAUCGGUUUGCUCACUCCCUUGUGUGAUGAAUCAAUGCUUCCAGAACAGGGGCUUCAGAGGGACUGCGGGAACAAUUACUUCCAAAUGAACUCGUGCGUCUUAGCAGGGAGCAUUCAGACCACACCCCAGGUCUCUUCUGUUGAUUCUGAAGCCAAACCUCUGAUCUUCACAUUUGUCCCCACUGUCAGAAGACUACCAACCCACUCUAAGUUGGCUGACACCUCUAAAUUCCUUGUUAAGAUUCCUGAGGAACCAAGUGAUAAGAAUCCAGAAGCUGUAAAUAGGUCUGAUUCCAAUGAGUACUUGACCUUGAAUGCUGGGAGCCAACGGGAGAGAGACCAAGGAACAUUGAUUUAUCCUUCAGAGGUCAGUGAAAAUAUUUCACAAGGAAGGGGACUCAAAGCAAACGAACUUCAAGGAAUGCAGCAAAGUGACCUCUUUAAAGCUGAAUAUGUCUUUGUUGUGGACUCGGAAGGGGAAGAUGAAUCUACCAGUGGAAAAGGUGAACAAGGCCCCCCUGGAGGGAUGGGCACCACAGCUUCUCGGCCCAAGUCUCUUGCAAUUUCCUCCACUCUGGCCUCUGAUGUGGUACGUCCCAAAACACGGGGGACAGACCUCCAGGCCCCAUCACAUCCUGAAAUGUCUCAUGGGAUUGCCCCUCCGCAAAAGCAUGGGCAGUUAACUUCUCCCACUACCUCUGAGCAGCUUGCCUGUAAACCACCUGCUUUCUCCUUUGUUUCUCCAACUAAUCAGAAAACACCACCUGACCCAGUUAACCUCGACGGAGCCUCUGUGCUAGAGGAAUUCCACACUAGGAGGCUGGAUGUCAGUGGGGCCUUGGUGGAAGAAACAGCUACGUAUUUUCAAACUUCUGCUCACUCUUCACCCUUUUUUGCAUCGAAGGGCACCUCCUCGACGUUACAGUUUCCCCAUUCCACUCAGUUAUCAGGUUCUAAUUUAUCCAGUCCGAGUGCAGCAGAUCAGAAACCUGGACUGGCAUCUGAAGUUCUGAAGAAGACAACAACUUUAAGUUCGCACGUCCUUAGCCCCAGAGAAAGCCCAGGAACCACUUCUCCUUCACCAUCCUCCAGUGCUUCUCUGAAGUCAAAUUCGGCCUCAUACAUACCAGUCCGUAUUGUCACGCAUUCACUCUCUCCAAGUCCAAAACCAUUUACCUCCUCUUUCCAUGGCUCUUCUUCCACUAUCUCUAGUCAAAUGUCAUCUAGUGGAAAUCUCUCAAAGUCAGGGGUGAAAUCCCCAGUGCCCUCCCGGCUUUCUCUUCUCACUGCCAUCCUCAAGUCAAAUCCUUCCCACCAAAGACCCUUUUCCCCUGCAUCCUGUCCCACUUUCUCUCUUAACUCUCUGGCUUCUUCCACACUCACUCUGGAUCAAAAAGCAAAACAAACCCCACCCACACCUAAGAAAUCUCUCUCUAGUUGCUCCCUGAGAGCAGGGUCUCCAGAGCAGGGGGAACACCAGGUUUCCGAACUUAGGCAGCAAUCCUUCCACUUACCUUUUCUGGCCAAAUCUACCCCCCUUUCUCAGGCAUGCUCCCUUUCUCCCACAAAACAUGACAGUAGCAGCCUCAUUUCUUUGAAUGUAGAGAAAAUGUCACCCACUUCUUUGAAGAGCAACCCAACACUCUCCCUGCUACAGACUGAUACAUCUAGUUCUGCAAGACUUCCUCCUGUUCCACCAAGUGUUUCUCCUGUUUCUUUGAAGGGCAAACAGGAUGUUGACCUCAGGGGCCCAGAAAAGCCCAGGAAUAUUCACAUACAUCCUACAUCAGUCUCCUCUGCAUUAUCUUCUCUAUCUCCUCCCACUAACCAAAGAGCCGUGCUCUCCUCUCCAGAGAAAUGUUUCCAUCCUUCCCCAGCUCUUUCAAACCUGAUAAACAGAUCCAAGAGAGCAGCCCCACAGCUAGGUGGCCAGGGGCAGAACCUUUCAACUCCUCUUUCAACCCCUGUCUCCAGUGCUAGCUCUGCCUCUCUUCCCAAACUGGGGUCCUCCCCUCUCCCUCGUGCUAAUCUGCCGACCCAGGCGCUCCAGCUCAGUCCAACACUGUACCCAAAUUGUGGCAGUGGUACCUUGCCUUCAAGACUUGGAAAAUCUGAAAGCUCAGUAUCCAACCACAGGUCAUCUGUUUCAACCCGAUCACCUCCCAUCUCUCUAACAAGAACCAAGGAGCUGAUUUCACCUUAUGCAUUGUCCAUGUCAACAGGCCCUGAAAAUAAGAAACCCAAGCAAUACAAGACCAAGUCAAGCUACAAGGCUUUUGCAGCAAUCCCUACAAACACAUUGCUUUUGGAACAGAAGUUAUCUGAAGGCGAAAAGAGAGAAGCCAUAUCUGUUUCUAGCCGCCUUGUGCCAGAGGCACUCGAUGAGCCAGCCAAGACUGAAAGUGUCUUCAAGGACAACACAUUAGACCCGCCUCUGGAGUUUUGUUUCCCUGCACAGCUCAGACAGCAAACUGAAGAGCUCUGUGCUACCAUUGAUAAGGUCUUACAGGAUUCCUUGUCUAUGAAUUCUUCUGACUCUCCUUCAAGUUCCUCACAGACAUUGUUGGUUUCUGACACAAUGAAAAUGCCUACAACUCUUCCGAGAGCAGCUGGUCGAGAAACCAAAUAUGCAAACCUGUCCUCCCCAUCCUCUACAGUAUCCGAGAGUCAGCUGACUAAGCCUGGAGUGAUUCGCCCAGUACCUGUAAAAUCCAAAAUAUUACUGAAAAAAGAGGAGGAAAUUUAUGAACCCAACCCUUUCAGUAAAUACCUGGAAGAUGAUAGCGACUUCUUUUCUGAGCAGGAUGUGACAGUUCCUCACAAGCCUGUUUCUCUCCACCCUUUAUAUCAGACUAGACUCUAUCCUUCUGCUAAGUCCCUGCUGCCUCCACAGACUCUCUCACACGCUGACUGUCUUACCCCAGGACCCUUCAGUCAUUUGUCCUCCUUCUCACUGAGUGAUGAACAGGGGAAUUCUCACACCCUGUUUAGUGGCAACACAUAUAAUAAGCUGAGUCAUCCAAUGGUGGCUAUUCCUGAACAUGAAAUUCUUGAUUCCAAAGAGCAAUGAAGUUGGAGCAGAAGCUGAAAACACAGGCCAAGCUGAAGUUUUCUGGAAUGCUGGUGCUAAUCACUUGCUAGAUUUGAUGUGUAAUUUCUUUUUUCCAGUAUGACUGUUUCCUUGAUGAACUGCAGUGCAGAAGUGGAAGUAAAAAAAAAAAAAAAAGGUCCUGUAGGCAUAUAGCAUCACAGUACCCUACUAACCUUCAGCACAGGAAAGAUUUAUCCACAGCUUCUCGCACCACUGUUAGAGCCUUUAAUGCCUUCUAUUAAGCUGACAGCAAUACUAACAUGCCCCUAUAUUUAGCAGCCAAAUAAAGAAGAAUCAUGGGUAAAUAGAA